AUGGCUAGUGUUGCAGCAUUCCUCUCAGCGUUGAUAUUUAACUCUGUAAUUGCUCUCGUAAUCAUUAUAGUGUACUCCAUUCUUCGACCGAAAUUUGACAUCGUUUACCAGCCAAGUUUUAAACUUCUUACUGAAUUUCUCCACAAUAAAAUUCCCGAGAAGAAGCUAUCGUUGUUGAAGAAAAUCACGUUAUCAUCGUCCUUGUUUGCUUGGCUCACUCCAGCGUUUAAACUGAACGAUAAUGAGCUGUACGAAGUGGUGGGAUUUGAUGCUUUUGUCUACUUGAGAUUCAUACGACUAUGCUUCAAAGUGACAGCAUUCGCGCUACCUUAUGCAGCUAUUGUCUUGAUUCCUAUCAAUAUCGUCGAUGGAAAAGAUUUACCAGGAAUGGAUAGACUCACGCUAGGUAACAUACCUGAUGAGUCGAACAAACUCUGGGCUCAUUUGAUCGGCGUAUGGCUAUUCUCGUUUAUCUUGUAUUAUUUUAUUUAUGCCGAGUGGAAGGUAUAUGUAAAAUUUCGUCAAAUAUAUCUCAAAGAGAAACGACAACAUCAUUAUUCCGUAUUGGUCACUCAGCUACCUUCUGAG